UUCAGUUUUAGCCCUGUGUGUGUUCUGCGCUGGGAACAGAAGACAGAAACCAUUAUGUGCGCUGAUAAUUGUGAUUUCAAUUGACAGCAUUCCUCGCAGCAGAAUUUCCCCACAAGGCAUUGACCAUGUCAACUUACUCAAGAGACGAUUCAAGGGACCGUGCUGAGUCUCGAGUGGUCAAGCACCAACACUCCUUUUCAGAGUCUGGCAGGAGCUCCGUGCCCAUGUGGGAUAGUUCAGAUCCCGACAGAGCACCACCACCACUUCCACUGAACCCUGGAGGACCUGGAAGCCCAAUCACUAGGUCUAACACAUCUAAGCGCAUCGACGAGGCGGCUGCUCUGAUCACUGCCAGAGCUCGAGAGAAUGCACCGAGCUCGUACACAACCAACCCUCUACCUCCACCCAGUUCACCCGACCGAAGCAUCAUGAGAGCGCAAAACAGACGCAUGCAAAAUCUGCAAAGCCCGAGCGUGGGCAGGCUGAGCGAUUCACUGGAAAGACGAUCGCCAGACAAAGGUCUAAGGACUGCGAAAUUCGUGGACUUUGAGGACUUGCGGAGCAGCAGAUCUACCGAGCGAACUUCAGCACGGCAUAGAUCAGACACACCCACACCGGACGGAAGACGAGGAAGAGAAGUCGAGAACACACCUCCAACACAAAAUAUGCUUGCCUUGCAAAGUAUGAGGAGUAGGCAGGAUACAGCGCCGCUCGGCGACAUCACAAAUGGCGCCUCCCCUCCAGUGCAGCCUGUCAUCGCACUCGACUCUCUUUCGUCGCAGAUACUGGGUCUCACGAGUAUCGUCACUAGUGUACAGCAGGAGAUGUCGAGCCUGAACAAGAGAAGCAAAGACAACUAUAGCGACUUGAUGAGUCUCAAGCAGGCUGCAUCGUCCAGAGAUGAAGAUAUCCGCAAGAACCUGCGGGAUCUUGUUGCAGGGCUUGAGACCAAGCUUAGCAGUCUUGAUACUCGACUGCUUUCUGGUCCCGAGACCAGUCGCUCCGCUCCCAACCUAGGAGGCCUGUAUUUGGACGACAAAGCGCACAACGCGACACCUCGAAAAAGCUUCGGGCUUCCGCGCAUUGGAAGUCCGACCAGUUUCUCUGCGGCACUCGAGCGUGAACUCACAGCGUCUCCGUCGCUAGCCUGUGUUGACGGUGCAGCCAGUAUUGCCCUUCUGGAGAAGGUCCUUAGGGAGAUGGCCACCCGUGAAGGACAAGACAAGAUUAUGACUACGCUUGAGGCUGUAAAGUCUCAGGCACAUGUGCGCCAGUCAGUCCUCCCAGCGCAGACAGCCAUCGACCCCACCAUGAUGUCCAAGCUUGAGGACAUUCUGAUGUUCAUGAAGGACAUGAAAGAAGAGUCUGGAUCGCGCGCACUGGUGCGAUCAACUGGCAAUGACGGCGGCAAGCGAACGAACCUCGAUCAUUCUCUGGAAGACAACAACUCCAUGGCCAAACCCAAAUCCGGUGUUGACGGAAGAACGUCUUUGUCAGGUUCUGAUCCGGUCACAGAAGAAGUUGUCAAGACUUUGAAAAACGUGAAACAGUCUCUGGCCCAGGGUGGUGGUCUUACAAAUGAGGUAAAAGUUCUUGUCCGUGAACUGCGAGGCGAGGUGCUCGGCAUGGGUCGUGAAAUUGGGAGAAAGUUGGAACAGACAGCAAAUCCCAAUCGACCAAACGAUGCUGAGUUGCAAAUGGCCUUACGAAAUGAAGUCGUGAAGGUUGUCCAGCAAGGCCUUGUCGAUCUCAAAGACCACGUGCAGCGAGUCGUCGAGGAAAGCGGCAGUCGUUCCAUGGAGUUGGCUCGUCCAGCAAACAAUAUUCAAGAGAUCGUCCUUGCCGUGCGUGGUGCCUUGGCUGAUCUUCCACAAUCUCGUGAGCCGCCGAUCAGAGACGUGGCAGCGGAGAGAGAAGACAUUUUGGCCGCUGUUCGAGAAGCAUGGGAGGACUGCAAACCCGAGAUUGCUCUUGAGCAUUUUGGUCUCGAGCGGGACGAGAUACUUGAAACCCUCAAAGAGGGUCUGAAAUCUUACCAGCCACAACAAACCCAGGUCAAGAAUACCGCAAUCAGCUACGAGGAUGUGCUUGAGGCCGUCGGGAAGGGACUCGAGGAUUACAAGCCGCCAGUCAUCGCAGCGCCUGCCGGAAUUUCUCAGGAAGAUGUCUUUACAGCUGUACGUCAGUCCUUGGAUGCAUUCGACUGGCCAAACGUGCCUCCAGUGCAAGCCGCCAAUGCUGGAUUAAGCAGGGACGAUGUUGUCGAUGCUAUCAGAGACUCAAUGGCUCAACAAGAGAACGCGUCUAGGGAUCUCGUCGCUGAUGUGGUCAAGGAUGCCCUCUCUCGCCAGGAGCUGCCCGUCGCAAAAGAGGUCGAGUUCAACCGCGAAGACCUCUUUGAUGCUAUCAGAGCCUGCCUUGAAGGGGAGCAGAAUCCACUUGGAGGGAUGGGAGAGAGGGUUGUCGAGGCUAUGCACGAAUUUCUGGGAAGCAUGAGGACCGAAUUCCAGCAGUAUUCGGCUGCAAGCGGAAAAGACACUGAGCAGGUUCUUGAUGCCCUGAAAGAUGGGUUGGAAGAUCUCAGAGCCGACAUUGAAAGCUAUGUGGAUCGCGCAGCAGAUGUUACUGGAAAGGACGAAAUCAUCGACACAGUCAAAACUGGCUUUGCCGCAAUGCAAGCAGACGUCGACAAAGGCUUUGCUAACCGAGCCAAUGGAGCUCCAAACACGCCAGACCUGCUUGAUGCGAUGGAGAAGGAGUUCGAGCACCUGCGAGAGACACUCAGCAAGGGCAUGGCUAAAAACGAGUCUACGUUGGAAAAGGACGAAAUUUUGGAUGCAAUUCGAGAUCUUUCCGACGACCGGCAGUCGGCACAUAGCAGCAACAGUGAAGACAUCGCUCGUCUGGUGAAAGAAGAGCUGGAGCAUAUGCGAACCACACUAGCUGGAACGCUCAUGAAGAGCGGUUCGUCCUUGGAUAGGGAUGAAGUGCUUGAUGUCAUCCGUGAAGGACUUGAGGCAUCGCGAUCCGCCCCUAGAACGGACGGUAGCGAGAGCAUUCUUUCCAACACAAGUGAGCUGCUUGAUGCAUUCCAGGACGGUGUCGAUGGAAUCCGAUCGGACAUCCUGAAGUUGAAAGACCGUCCGGUUGAUGUCGGCGCAAGUGAGGAAGUUCUGAAUGCUUUGAAGGUGGGCAUUGAAGAUGUACGUGCAGACAUCUCCCGCCUUGCUGAGAAACAGACGGAAAGCUCCGAGUCUGGGACCGCCAGGGGUCAGGAGCUGGUCAUCCAUGAUCAAAACCACAUUUCGUCUGAACUCGAGGGGUUAAAAGUGAUGAUCACGCAGCUGAGAAUUAAGGUGGAGGCUCUGGACGGCAUGGCUGCACCUGAAAUACCUACCGAGGUCCACAUUCACAAAGACGACAUGAACGAGAUCUGUGAAGCUAUACAGCAAGCCCAGGACACAGUCAGUCGAUCAGGCAACGAAGAAACCCGUAUCCACAAGGACGACAUGGAUGGUAUAUACACGGCAAUCAACGAGGUCAACAACGCGGUCAAGCACGUCCGAGCUGCACCUCUACCUGAGGUUGUCAUGCCCGAGAAUGUGGCUUCUAAGGAGGACACCGACGCCAUCGAGACGUUGCUAAGGAACGUCAAAGCGAAGCUGGAUGAGUUUCUGUCUGAUGAUUCUGAACCCCUCGCCAGGUCCAGCCAGCUGGAUGCUAUAGAAUUCAACCUGAGUGACCUCAAGACUGCCGUUGAAGAGUGCACAGCACGUGCUGGUGAACAGACAAACAAGGAAGACUUUACAAUCAUCGAGCUUAUGCUGAAGGAUGUUCAAAGUAAUGUUGAAGACUUCAAAUCCAAGUUGGACGCAAUCGGCCCACAAGAUGAGUCGAUCAACAAGGACGAGCUCCAGCUUGUGGAGACAUUGUGUAUGGAUAUUAAGAGUCAAAUCGAGGCCAUCAAACUUCCAGAUGUCGAAGGGCUUUCCACCAAGACGGACCUCGAAGAUGUUAGAAAUGACCUCAAAUCAUUCCGCGAACAGUUCGAAGCAGACAACGGACUUACCGCUCAAGCAUUCGAAGCCAGAAAGAUCGAGCAUGGUGGUUUGGCCACGAAAAUCGACGAUGUCAAGAAUAUUAUCGGUGAUCUACGCGACGAGCUCAUCAGCAAGGUGGAAGGAAGUGCGGAGGGUAUUGUGGAAUUGAACAAAGUUCUCGGAAUGCAUCACGAUGAUAUGAGCAAAUAUGCUACCGCAUCCAACCUCGAAGAGUUGGCAGUACUGAUUAAGACGGAAUUUGACCGUCACAUGGAACAUCAUUCGGCCAGCAAAGGGGAAAUGGAGGAGCGUGACGCUACACUAUUCUCGAAACAUGAUGACACCGGAGCUGAGAUUAAGAGCGCCAUCGAAGACAGGUUCAAUGAGCUCAUGACGAAGUACGACGAUGCCCAAAAUGUGAACAAAGCCAAGCUGGGCGCUUUGGAAGAGCGUGACAGUGCGCACUUGGAUGCAACGACCGGAACCAAAGCUGUGGUGGACGAUCUGAAGUCGCUCAUGGAUGUGCUUGGAUCGACAGUCACAGAAACUAGCGAGCGCAUAUCAGAGGAUUCCAAGACGGUUUUCACGUCCAUUGAAGACUCCAAUGCGAAGCUGGAGAGUCUACACAGCGCGAACGCAUUCGAGCAUGGUGUAACUCGAGAGGAGAUCGCGAAGACCCUGGCUGCUACGAUGAGACUGGAAGGCACGAUUGGAGAACACCAACCAGCUGUGCUGGCCGCGAUCCGCGAAGUGAUGGGUGUAGUCAGUCAACACUACGAGCAUUCACAGCAACAAACAGAAAGCUUCGCUCGAGCGACAGAGGAGAUCAAAUCCGGCGUCGACUCGAUUCCAGCCGCGAUUCCGCCGUUGCUACCAGCAUUGCCUGCAGUCCCUACCGCACCAGCGGAACCGAUCACGCCAAGAGAGGUCCCAGUCUAUGAAAAGUAUGAUGACAGUGAGGUCCACGACAAACUGGACAAUCUUCUUUCGCACACGUCUUUGGCGAACGAGGUAUUUGCUGGCAUUGAGAACCAUCACAAAGACACUCGUGACUCCUUGGCGGGGUUGUCGAAACUCGACGAAGUUCACGCUCAAGUCAUGGCAACAGCAGCCGAGAUUGCGAGCAUGGUUACGACCCAAGCAAGACUGAUGGGAGAACAUCAUGAAUCCAAGGUUGCGGAAGCCACCGAGGCCGCCAUUGCAUUGGAAAAGCGAACAGCUCAAAAGGAGAAGGUCGAAGCCGACAUUGUUGGACUUAGCCAGGAGAAGAAUGCUCUUGUCGAGUCUAUGGCGAACUUGAAGCGGGAACAGGAAGAGCUUAGCGGCCAGACAAAGCGACUUACACGAGAAGUGGCCAAGCUGGAGACCGCACUGCAACUACGCCAGGAAGAGAUGCGUGACAUGAAUGCAAGAGCAGAAGUCCUCGAGCGUCGCGUACUAGAAGGACUGGUCAACCAAGCACGGUCAGUCAGACCUUCAAGACCGGUGACCAAAACCAAGAUUUCCCCCUCGGAACGAGAUGCGUCGAUGAAUCUCAAGCGCGUGCCUAGCCAAGCCAGUACAGCAACAGCAAAGACUUCCAUCAGGGGUGGAACUUCAGCUAUUGGGAGCGCUGUCGGCAUGGCUCUGAAGAAGAGGGCGCCGCUGGCUUCCAACGUCAGAGUCUCCACGACACCUAGAACGUCUGCGGUAGAUCGGCGGAUUCUGAGUACAAGUCAUGUCACUGGCAACCGCGGGCGCAACACGCCCGAUAUGGCAUUGAUGCUUGCUCCCGUGCCAAAGUCGACCGGUCUAGUCAGCUUGAAGAGAAGCCAGUCGGUUAAGAGUAACCCAAGCAGCUAUCUGAAUGGACGAACCGCCAGCUGGAACGUUGUCUCUUCGGAGGUGACAGACAAGGAAAACCUGACCGUGGAUGACGACAGCGGUGAUGAAUCUGGAAGUGACGCAAGUACAGAGAGAAGAACCAGCAUGGGAACCAGUGUCAUGUACACGGACAGUAUGACCUAUGGCACAGGAAGCUCUCUGAGUUCCCACAGCCGGCGGUCAGCGAGCUGUGCAAGCAGCAUUGCUGGCAUGAUCGAUGGUCAAGCCGACAGUAUUGCUGAAGAAGACGAGGAGCAGGGGACUGGAGAAGAUACAGAGACAGGUAUGGUGCUGCAUGAUGGGCCAACCGAGGCCGACCCUGUCAAUGCUGGGCAGGACAACACAAUGGCUCUGACUACCUUUGAUGGAUUGGAGACUCCCAUGUCUGAUUUGCAAGCUCCUCCUAUCAUUACUGGAGAGAACCUCAAGUACCAUCAUGGCAGUGACAGUGGUCUUGGGACGGAGCCAUUGACGGCGGGAACAGAACAGGGUUUGGGAGAAGCACAGGAGUACUUUCAGAUGACGGCGCAAGAUAUGCACCUUUGAUUGAGUAGGGUUUGGUGUUUGGAGUUGAUUUCGGUAUUGGAUACGCUGGGUGUGAUUAGGAAUGAGCGUUUUGAGCGAGUCAAGGAGAGUGAUGAUUCUCAACCAAGGUAUUCUUCAACAGUGAAUAGGGUAACGACGUGUCAUUAUGCGAAUCUUGUACUCUAGCAUUGCUCUCGCAUACCCCU